GUUCGGUCAUUCGAAAACCCCCACUCGUUGCAGUCCCUUUCGAUCGAAAUUCUAGGCAAGCUAAAAAAUAUUUUCAAAAAUCUAAUUAAAUUAAAAAUUUGAAAAAAAAAAAUAAGAAAAUUCUGACAAAAUCCAAAGAUCAAAACAAAUUUUUGGGGUGCAAUCAAAAUGAAUCCCUUUCGACCACGUCAUGCGACCAAUCGUAAUUAUCAGCAGCUGCGUGAUCAUUUGAUAUUGAAUCGAUUGCCCAAUGAAGUGGAUGCCCAGAUGGAACAAUCAAUGGUCCGAGCUCUGGAAAGACGUUUACGUGUCACCCAAAUGCCGGGAAACCGUUUACGCCUCGAUCAUCAGCCGGAUGUGGAGCGUUUCAUGGUUAAUUUGCGAAUAGUGUUGCGACGACAGAGAUCACUUAUUAAUCAAGGUGCCGGUGAUGGUGGUUAUUUAUGGAAUAUUAGAGAUCGCCCAAUAUACACUGGCAAGAUGGGUGAGGGUGAUGGUCUUGGUUAUGAUGAUUUUAAUCCGGCGGAGGCAGCACCACCAGCAUUACCACCAACAGGCUAGGAUAAAUCCAUGGAUCAUCUCAUUAUCACAUCGCAUAUCCUGCUCUCCUGUGUGCGUGUGGUGUUUCUUUACUUUUUUUUCUUUUUUUUUUUUUUUUUUUUUGUUCCGAGCGUUGUUAUCACAGAGAAGAAACCAUAGGGCCAAAGAAGAGAGCCAUAAUCAGUUUAAAAAGCCACCCAAAAAAACAAAAAAAAAAAACCAAACCCACCAAGCGAUAUAUUCCACAUCCAUAUCCACCUGAACCAGACACCAGACACCAGAAACAGUAUCCUGUUCAGACGCAUGUUGUGCUAUUAUUAUACAUCCCCGCUGGGUUCGGGGCUGUUUUUAUGCCAUCUUCGUCCCCACCCGAGGGCCUUUGGAAUCGGAGGACACGAAUCGAGGCGCACGCAUAUAAUAAUUUCCUGUUCAAUGAGCAAUUACGGUAAUAAAGAUACAACUUGGCUACUCUA